AUGCGGGAGAAGCCCACCCUGGCAACUGGAGGAGGCCCAGACCCCUGCCCGCCUCCUGCCGAGCAGGUGCCAAUUGGCAUGGCUUCCCUCGCACUCCUGGCGCUUCUGAUGGCCCCUGCUGGGAUGGGGUGGGAGCCGCAGGCUGCGGUGGUGCUACCCGGGGUCCUGGAUCCCCCCAGCCCCAGCCGGUGCUCAGCGGUGCAGCUGGCGGAGCGGCUCCCCUGCGGCUCCCCUCGGGUCAGCCACGGCCAGUGCUCCCACUUGGGCUGCUGCUUCGACCCCCAGGACAGGGUGACCCCCUGCUACUACGGCAAGACAGUGACGGCUCGCUGCGCCCCAGGCGGCUCCUUCUCCCUGGCCGUCUCCAGAGACGCCGCUGUGCCGCCCCUCCGCUUGGACUCCCUGCACCUGCUGAGCGGCCGGGGGGGCCCCUGGGGCCCCCCCCCCAGGAACGAAGCCUUGUGGUGGUCCCCUUCCCACGGUCUGCCUGAGGCCGGAGGCCACCGGAUCUACGAGAACGAGCUCUCGGUAGAGGGAGGGACCCUCCGGGCACCUUCAGGCUCCGUCAGCCAGGCCAGCGGCUUCUUCAGGCUGACCAUCCGCUGCGGCUACUCGGCCGGGGAGCCCCUCCCGGUGAGCGUCCUGCUGGCCGCCCCUCCUCCCCCGGCCCCCGUUGCCCAGCAGGGGCCCCUCGCCCUGGACAUGCGGAUGGCUGGAGACGAGAGCUACUCCUCCUUCUAUGGGCCUCUGGACUACCCGGUGGCGAAGCUUCUGCACGAGCCGGUUCCCAUGGAAGUCUCCCUCCUCGGGAGGCGGGACCAGGCGCUCCGCCUGCUCCUCCGCGAGUGCUGGGCCACCCCAAGCGCCGACCCCCUCCGGGCACCUCAGUGGCCCCUCCUGCAGGACGGGUGCCCCUACCGAGGAGACAGCUACCAGGCCCAGCUGGUGCCCCUCCAGUGGGAUUCGGGGCUGCCCUUCCCCUCCCACCACCGGCGCUUUGUGGUCAGGACCUUCCCCCUUGUGGACACAGACGCUCAGCAGAUGCUCAGCGGCCCGAUUUACUUCCACUGCAACGCCUCUGCCUGCCUGCCCUCCGCCCAGGAGCCCUGCGGCACCCGCUGUGAGGCCGGCCUGCAGGGCAGACGCCAGAGAGAUGCCCCGGGAGGGGCUCUGAUGGAGGCGGGGCAGGUGCUGCUGAUGGCUUCCACUGGGCCCGUGGAUUUCUUCAGCACUCCCGUGCAGGCCUCCCGUCCCGAAG